UUUCUUAUUUCAUUUUUCGAUCUUUGAUGUGGGUUCUUUUUGUUUUCCCUUUUUAUCUCAUUUUUAUGAUGCUGGCGUGUCUGUUUCGAAAUAUAAACUAUGAACAAAGAUCGUUUGAACAUCGAUGAUUUCGAGGUAGAGAACGAGGUACGACCAGAUUUCCCAUGUCCCUACUGUUACGAGGAUUUCGAUAUCGUGUCUUUGUGCUCGCAUCUCGAAGAUGAGCAUCCUUGCGAAUCAAAAGUUGCGAUUUGUCCAGUUUGCUCCAGGAAAGUAUCAAGAGACAUGCUAAGUCAUAUCAUGCUGCAACACGGACAUUUGUUCAAGUUACAGAGACAUCGCAGGUUACGUAGAGUUGCGAUUCCUAACAGCCAGGCACUGUCUCUCUUGGGUCGGGAUCUUCGCGAAGCACAUUUGCAAGUACUUCUAGGGGGCAGUGCAUAUAGGUCCAGCAGUACUAACGUGUCUAACACAGCUAAUGAUUCGCUCCUUUCUUUACUCAUUUUGAAUUUCCCUGCAUCUGAAGCCGAAGAGCUUACUAAAUGCUUUGUAAAUAGCGCCGAAGACAUUGCUGCCAAAAAUGUCACACCAACUCAUAUGUGGAAAUCGAGUUUCGAUCCUUCUUUGAGUAACGAGGAGCGUGAAAAAAGGAUUCGGCAGGCCAGGGGGAGAGCCGGUUUCAUCCAGGAUCUUGUGUUGUCAACUCUUGUGAACGAGGAACAAAACCAGUGAGUGAAAUGCAUUUGUGGGUAGGAUGCUAAUGAAGGAUGCCUGUGUAGUCCGAUUGUUGAAGCAAUAAUACAAACUUGCUUCAUCAUAGGAUCCCAAACCCUUUUCUAAACAGACUGUAUUAUAGUCUGCAAAUAGCAGUGAU